AUGGCGCAAACGUCGGUGGUGUCGAAGUGCUCUCCACAAGGGGAUAAGGACGCCUUCUCCAGCCCUCGGCUCUGCGUUUGUUGGGGCGCAAGAAAAACGCGGGAGCAUGAGCUUCUGGGCCUGUCUAGCGUUUCCAUGCCGCCAUUCUCGAAUCAUUCAAGCCCGCCUAGUCAUGCACCAACUCUGCACUUCUCAAACGCGCCAGUGCGCAAAAAGGUGCGAUACCCGGGCCCCACCGCUCGCAGCAGGUUUAUCGACGUUUGA